AGUAAAAAUGUUACAGCAGAAACUGUUGAAAGCAUGCAAUCUGAAGACCUUGACAGUAUUUUGUUCAUUGUUAGUAAAAUCUUCCGAUUGAUGGAGAUUUUGGAUGUCAAGUUGAAUGUUUGCCAUUUCAAAAGUUUUGAAUUUGUCAACAGUAAUGAUAAUAAUUAAUAAUCUUUUUAUUGACUCCCCCCCCCCCAAAAAAAAAAAAAAAAAAAGGCUUCUUUUCCCAUAUUUGACAAGUUAAGCAUUGAAGAUUCUAUGUCGUCUGAAUAUGUAUAAAACUCCAUUAAGGAACCUAUCAUUUCUCCAUCCAUAUACAAAGCCCCAACAUAAAACUGAUUAUAAGAGAAAAUAAAAGUUCUUGACAGCGUCAAUGGGUUCUUUAAAACUGCUGAUUUCCUGGUUGUUUGUUCUUCUGUUAUUACUUUCUCUAACCAUUGCUCAGCCAAACUUCAUCCAGCAGUCCUGUGACAAUAGCAGAGGAAACUACACAGCGAAUACUCCCUACAAAGCGAACCUCGACAACAUCCUGUCAUCUCUCGCAUCCGACACAGAAAUUGACUACGGGUUUUACAAUCUAUCUAUCGGCGAAUCCCCUAACCAAGUAAAUGCUAUUGCACUUUGUCGAGGAGAUGUUGGAGUGGACAAUUGCCGAGGUUGUAUUAGUAACUCUACUCGUAAGAUUACAGAGGUCUGCCCAAACCAAAUAGACGCAUUUGGAAUAUAUGAUUUCUGUACACUUCGAUACUCCAACAGAUCGAUACUUGGUGUGGUAGAAGGAUCGCCCAUUCUCUACCUAAUAAAUGUGAACAAUGCCUCGGAUGUGAGUCAGUACACUCAGGCAUUGACAGCUUUGUUGGAUAGACUUCGAAGUGAGACAACAUCAGGAGACUCCGUUCGGAAAUUUGCGACAGGAAAUGAAACAGCAGGAUUUGAAAGGGUUUACGCACUUAUGCAAUGUACUCCUGACUUAACCGAAGAAGAGUGCGAUGUUUGCCUGGGUCAGGCUAUUUCAGAAAUUGGAAGUUGCUGUGCAGGGAGGACAGGGGCCGCUGUAUUUAAACCCAGCUGCCAUGUCAGGUUCGAAGAAUACCUUUUCUAUACAUCUACACCUCCGCCAGUCUCGCCCGUGCCUACUCCUCCUGCUCCACCCAUAGAAGGUACGUAGGUUUCACCUGCAGAAAAGAAGAGCAACAAAUCAAGGACAAUUAUUGCAAUCAUAGUUCCAACUGUUAGUGUUCUGAUAUUUAUCAUCAGCUUCUGCAUCUUCUUGAGGAAGCGGAGGCCAAGGAAAAAAGCUGAAACCGUAGAAGAAAUGGAAAGCCCAGAAUCCUUCCAGCUGGACUUUGGAACAGUUAGAGUUGCAACAGAUAACUUCUCUGAGGAAAAUAAGCUUGGACAAGGUGGAUUUGGUGCUGUUUAUAAGGGUACACUGUAUAAUGGACAAGAUAUAGCAGUCAAAAGGCUUUCUAAGAAUUCAGAACAAGGAGAUCUGGAAUUUAAAAAUGAAAUCCUAUUAGUCGCCAAGCUUCAGCACAGGAAUUUAGUCAGGCUUCUUGGUUUCUGUUUGGAAAGGAAUGAAAGGCUGCUCAUCUAUGAAUUCAUGCCUAACACCAGCCUUGAUCAUUUCUUAUUUGAUCAGACAAAGCAUGAAAGUUUAGAUUGGGAAAGGCGCUACAAGAUUAUUUGCGGCAUAGCUCGCGGACUACUUUAUCUUCACGAGGACUCUCAAAUUCGAAUCAUUCACCGUGAUCUCAAAACUAGUAAUAUUUUAUUAGAUAUGGAUAUGAAUCCUAAAAUAGCAGAUUUUGGCAUGGCAAGAUUAUUUGUAAUUGAUCAAACUCAAGGCAAUACAAGUAGAAUUGUGGGAACUUAUGGUUAUAUGGCUCCAGAGUAUGCAAUGCAUGGACAAUUUUCCAUAAAAUCGGACGUAUUUAGUUUUGGAGUACUACUUUUGGAGAUUUUAAGUGGUAAAAAGAAUAGCUCUUUCCACAAUGGAGAGAGGAUAGAGGAUCUAUUGAGCUAUGCAUGGAGAAAUUGGAGAGAAGGAACAUCAAUGAAUGUUAUAGAUCCCAGUUUGAAGUCUGGUUCAAGUAGUGAAAUGAUGAGAUGCAUCCAAAUCGGAUUACUAUGUGUUCAAGAAAAUGUGGCUGAUAGGCCUACCAUGGCUACUGUUGUACUCAUGCUAAACAGUUACUCUCUUACUCUACCUGUGCCCCUACGGCCAGCAUUUUUUAUGCACACUGGCAUUCAUUUAGAUGUCUCUUCCGUGGGAAUGAAACUCUGAAGCUGAAAUUCUUCCACUAAUUGAGGAUGUAUCAUUAGUUCUAAUCUUUGUUAUCAAUUGAUUGUUUUUGACUCAAUUUUCAUUAUUCACUUCUGUAUAAGUCUUUCACCUUUACAUUAUAUCUGGUGUAAAUUAAAAUUCAUUUAUAAAUUUAUAUUUUGUAUGAUAAA